CUGUGCGAACAAAAAUUUCUCUCUCUAACAUGGUCUUCCCUGGUCGGCAUAGCCACACCUUGAAUCGUAACCGUUCGAACGCGACUCAGUGAAGGCUUCAAGCUACCAUGGAGAGCACCGAAUCGUCGACCGGUUCGCAGCAGCCAAACCUGCCCCCGGGUUUCCGGUUCCACCCGACCGAUGAAGAGCUCGUUGUUCACUACCUCAAGAAGAAGGCGUCCUCUGCUCCUCUCCCCGUCGCGAUCAUCGCCGAGGUCGAUCUCUACAAGUUCGAUCCAUGGGAACUCCCAGCUAAAGCAGCCUUUGGAGAGCAGGAAUGGUACUUUUUUAGCCCGAGGGAUAGGAAGUACCCAAACGGAGCUAGGCCAAACAGGGCCGCGACAUCUGGGUAUUGGAAGGCCACAGGAACUGAUAAGCCUGUAUUGACAUCAAACGGAAACCAGAAGGUUGGGGUGAAGAAAGCUUUGGUUUUCUAUGGAGGGAAGCCGCCGAGAGGGAUCAAAACCAACUGGAUCAUGCAUGAAUACAGGCUUGCUGAUAAUAAGCCUAACAAUAAGCCUCCGGGUUGUGACUUGGGCAACAAGAAGAACUCUCUCCGGCUAGAUGAUUGGGUGCUGUGCCGAAUAUACAAGAAGAGCAACGCACACAGGUCGCCUUUGGACCAUGACGAUUCAUCGAUGGAUGAUAUGAUUGGCGGGGUUCCUCCUUCGAUCAACGUUGGACAGAUGAACGCCAGAUUCCAUCUUUCGAAGAUGUCCACAACAACCUACGGCGGAUGUGGAUCGUUAUUGCUAGACACAAACGACGACCAUAACUUACUGGAAGGGGUUGUCGCCACCACCACCAACAACAAUGGAAUCAACACAGAUCUUCCUAAUUUGAUCCCUGCUAUGGGUGCUGGAGCCUCCUCUUCAAACCUUUCUACUUCCAUCACAAACCUACCUUCUAAACGAACACUGCCAUCGCUGUACUGGAACGCCGAUGAGGAUCUGGCCGGAAUCGCCUCAAAAAGAUUGAGUUUGGACAAUAAUGAGAAUGGUGGGUGCAGUGGCGGCGGCGGGGUUACUACUGUUGGUGCUAGUUCUAUUGCCUCUCUGCUAAACCAGCUUCCACAGACUCCUCCAGUGGUAGGAUCUAUAGGAGAUGGGCUAUUUCGGGCACAGUAUCAAAUUCCUGGAAUGCAUUGGUAUGCUUAAGAGAGGAAGAUUAAUGAAGCUCGUGAUGGUACAUAUGAUUGUGAUUGUAAAGAGAUUGGGAGCAUUAAUUAGUGGGGUUACUGAGAUUUUGGUUGUUUUAGGAGAUUGGAAGGGAGUCAUCAGUUUGAUACCAGCAGAGAGAUUGAUCGAUCUUGUCUUCUUCAACAAUCGGUGCUGUAGCUGCAAAAAGUAUACUAUUACAUUAUAAGGUGAGGUCGUGGAUAUUGUUUUUAAUUAUUAUUGGCAGAAUUAUAUAGAUCAGCGUUAAUUAUGCAGAUUUAUAUAUAGGUAUUUGGUUGUUUUUGUUGAUAUAUAUAUUUAUAUGUGUGAAGAAAUAUAUUGAGGGUUUUAUGCAUCUUCAUGUACAAAAACUUCAACAGUUAAACGGUUAAAAAAACGAGGAAUAUUGAGCUAUCUUUUUUAUACUUUGCUUUAGGAGAUACAAUACAGGACUUUGUACAGAGAUUAUAUACUGUAGAACUCUAUUGGUGCAAAUGAUAUUCUAAUGAGCUAUAGAAUA